AUGCCAGACAAGUCAGUUGCCAUUAUUGGUGCUGGUCCAGCUGGAUUAGCGGCCCUAUACGAGUUCCUACACACAAACUCCAACGGUACAUCGAAUUUAACCGACCCAUCAAAGACAUACAAGGAUGGUAUUCCUCUUGGAGAUGCGUUCAAGAGGAUCGUUGUGUUUGAGCUGAAAGAUACCGCGGGAGGCAACUGGGCCCCGGCUACCAAGGAUGCCGAUUUGCCAAUCCCGCCACAACACUUGCUUGACAAAGUCAACGAUCCAUUCACGAUCAAGCCUUCGAAUGUCCUGCCCGAAGGAAUCGAGCAUGCCACUUUGGAGAGGCCAAUUUACGUUGAAAAUGAAGCGAGCACCUACGAAAGCAAGGAGAGUAGGGGCCCAAGCUCCGGCCCAUUGAUGAAUGAUCUAGAAUGGAGCAGAACCGGAAUUUUUCAUUUCUUGUUCACAAACAUACCAACUCGGUUCACGAGGUAUUCCUACUUGCCACUCACUCAUUAUGACAGUAGUAGAAGAAUAUUCCCAUACUUGACCCAACAGGAACUAACUCAUAGGUUUCUGGACUUCAUAAGUGAAAAUGAGUUGGACAAGUACAUUCGAUUGAAUAGUCCGGUUGAAAAAGUGGAAAAACACGGCAACAAGUGGGUUCUCACCAUUAGACAAAAGGCAGAGGGGGGUAAUUACUGGUACAAUGAAUCAUUCGAUUAUGUUGUGGUUGCUAAUGGACACAGCUCGUUGCCUUAUAUUCCAAACAUCCCGGGUUUGGCUGACUACAACGCUAAUUUCCCCGGCCGCAUGAUCCACGCGAAAUCUUUUCGGGAUGUGGAGGAGUUCCGAGGAAAAGAUGUCUUGGUUGUUGGUGGUGGCAUUUCGGCAAUCAAUGUCCUACAAUACGUUAUCCCUGUUGCGAAAUCUGUCACUGAUUCCAAACGGGGUCCUCAUGCAGUGUAUCCAUACAUCAACGAAGCUCUCAAGUCAGACCCAAUUAUACUGAAGGGCACUAUUGAUUAUAUCGAUGGUGAAAGUGGUAAGUUUCAUUUCACUGAUGGGUCAGUGGGGGUGUAUGACAAGGUGAUUUUUUCAACUGGGUACCAUUACCAUUUCCCGUUCUUUCCCCGAAAGGACCAUUUCCAAUUAGUUAACCCUGGUAAUUUAUGUAGAGUAGGUGGAUUAUUUCUCAAUACAUUUGAUCAACAUGAUCCUACUCUUGGAGCGGUUGGGAUCACGGUGUCACAACUCAAUUUCCACACUAUUGAAGCUAGUGCAGCUGCAUUGGCUGGUGUCUGGUCUGGUGCGGCGAGAUUGCCACCAUUGGAAGAACAACAAGAAUGGGAGAGGAGUAUGGUUGCUGAGCGUGGUGACUCUGCUUUUUUCCAUUACUACAACCACCACAAUGCUAAACAUUUCAUCAACGCUGUUUCUCCUUAUUUCGCUCGUGGGAGGUACAAUCCACUUGAGGCUGAUGGUGGGUUUGUGAGUGAAGUUGAUGAAGGUGCUAAGAAGUUGGAGGAGUUAUUUCAUGGGUUGAAAGAUGGCAGAAUUAGAAUCAAGGAUACUAAUCCUGCUUAUAAAGAAAGGGAAGAAAGUAAAGAGGACAGAGACGGACCGUGCAACAAGGACACAGACACAAAGAUCAGCGUUAGUGAAUCCAGCCCCAUUCUUGUUUAG